CCGGUAAUAGCAGGAAAAACCAAUCGACAAAUCAAAAGUUUUAUCAUUUAGCCAUAUAAAGGAUUUAUGAAGGAAAACGCAUCAGGAGCAGAAUAGUGCAACACAUAAACGUCCAAUCCAUAUACAUUAUUCAUCCUAUUAGUGAUUCAACCGCUUCCAGUACUUUAUGCUUUAAUUCUGUUAUGAUCUUCAGUCUAGGUGGCCAAGUGGUCUUGAGCGAUGGGCACAGUGCAGGCGGUGUUGUCUCGAUAUCCCAAUAGCAUGAGUUCGAAUCCCGGCGAUUUAACAUUGUUGUGCUGAUAUUUAGAGUAAUUAUGAAUAUAAUAUGUGUUUUCAGCCGUGUAUAACCUUCACUGUUGAUCCAAUGGAUGGAUCUAUCGUAGAGUUGUCACUUGUUUAGACGUACUUAUAUAUAUAGCGUAUAUAUAUAUAUAUAAAUAUACACUAGAAUUACAUCAUUACUUACUUAGAAAAUUAUAUUAUGUAAGAGCUGUUGACUUCAGUUUGGAAUUUAUGCAAUAUGAACCUUGAGGACAAAGAAUAUUCGCUUCAGUUUUAUCAAUAUUUAUGUGAUAUAGUCGGAUCAAAGGAGGUUGUGAAGACGAGAAGAUCGACAAUUCUUGCAGUGGAUUCUGCUUUGUCGAAUAAAGAUCAUGCGCUAAUAAAUAGCGGAAGUAAAGCGGAAGGACUAAAUCUAAAAGGCAGCGAUCACGAUGUCAUGCUUGUCGAUAAACAUAUUGGUGCAUACGAGAGUAUACACGAUAUGUCUUCCUCCUCACCCUCACACGAACUUACACUUUUAAUGGAUAUCAAUCAAACCAAGCCUGGAUAUACAAAGCUAAAGGUUUAUGACAUAUCAGAAAGAUACUCAUCGAUAUAUACGGAGUGUUGUGAAACUUUUCAAAUGCAAUCAUAUAUCUCAAGUAAUCUUUUUCGGGAAUUUCACUUACUUGAAGGUUUUGACCUGAUUAUUCAUGGUCCAUGCUCGUCUUCAAAAGAUGGUACAUUCGAUGCAGUAAGCAGUUUCCAGUGCAAGAAAUGGGUAAACACUGCCAAAAAGUGGAUUUACAGAUCUAGAUGUACAUGGCCUGAAUAUGAAAUGAUACAAUCUGUUGUGCAACAUGGCAUUUUAUUUGUUCCUAUUGGAUGCAAAGGUUCAGUUACAGAAGAUCUUGAAUGGCGUAUCUCGUUUUCUGUCGCCGAAAAGAUUCUUAUACAUUCUUUUUCACAUACCCAGUUAUUAUGUUAUGCGCUGUUAAAAAUUCUUUUGAAAGAUAUUAUCAAACAGAAACACGAAGAUCUCAUUUGUUCGUAUUUUCUUAAAACAAUAAUGUUCUGGCUAUGCGAAGAAUCAGAUCAUCAAUGGAUACCUGAAAUGUUCGUUCGAUGUUUCAUGAGUUGCUUGACAAGAUUAAUUUACUGCGUUGAAUAUGAAAUAUGUCUUCAUUACUUUAUACCUGAUAACAAUCUAUUUGAAGGUAGAUUUGUAUUUGAACAGCGUAAGGCAUUACUUGUUACUCUGGUUAAAAUUUACAAUACGCCUUGGUAUUACGUUUUUCAUUCGGCGACAUUUGAAAAUUUUAGAAGAGCACGAAUAAACUCGUUUUACCCUUAUCUGACAGUAACUUCAUUGUCAUGCCUCAAUGUUCCUUCUAUGAUGGUACCAAUGUUAGUAUCAUCUACAGCAUUUGAACAAGUACUUAUUCGUUCAGUAAACCAACAAGACAAGCAUCUUUUUAUACAUCUGCUAUCAACCUCCGCACUGACACAAAUGCAAGAUUGUCUUCACUUUAAGGAAAGAAAUAAAGCUUUUUAUAGACAAUACCAGAUAAUAUUACGAUAUUUCAAAACAGGCGUGUAUUCCUCUUCCGUCCAAGCUUGGGCAUUGUUAGCAUCUUUGUUUUAUAAAUGUGAUCGGUACAGUGAAUGCAUUCAAAUACUGAACUAUAGUUUGUCUAAAUGCACUCCAGAUAAUAUAUUGAUCAGUUUAAACAAUGAUAUUGUUGAACAAAGUAUUUUUCAAAACUUAAAGCAGACAGUAGGAUUGUCAUUGACGUGCAAAUAUUUCAUCAUUCGUGAUGUUAUUAUGAUUGAACCUUAUCAUUUAUUACCGACAGAGUUGGCUCCUUUAAUCAACGAAAAGAUCGAUAUAGUUAAAUUGUUUCCACCAGUUCUGUACUUGAACGUUUUAUAUUACUUUUGCUUGCAUCAUCUAGGGGAUUAUAGCGGUAAAAUUGUCGCUUUGCGAGACCUUGAAUCAACGAUAAGAGAAAGAUAUUUCAUUCAUGAAAGUGGGUCCCAUUUAACAUUGGCGAAUAAAUGCCUGAGUAUAGCUAAGAGUAUGUUAUAAUUGUAAGUUGAUUACUUUGAAACAUCCCAUGUUUAAAGUUAUUGGCAUGACAAGCCUAUGCCCGUUAGGUGUCAACUAUUGAUGGCAAUACAGUCAUGGAUAUUGUUCAGAUGAUUAUUUGGUAUUGGAAUGCAAUGUCGAGGUAUAAUCUCAAAGAGUAAAAAAAAGUGUAACUGAUAAUAUGAAAUUUCAUUCACUUGAUCCCUCUUUAUAUGUUGAUUGAAAGUUACUGUUCAAAUCGUUUCAAUAUUAUAUCCAUCUUAUAAAACUUUACACGUUUAGGUAAACAUAACUUAAAUUCUAGAGGGAAAAGAAAAUGUUUAUGUUUUACGAUUAAAUGAUAAUGUUAAGUAUUAAUACCACUGAUAAUGGUAUGUCAGUGCCAUUUUAGUACAACCCUCUUCUAAAAUAGGUAAAGUUAAGUAAUAAAUUUGGAUACAAAUUCUCAUUUAUUUCAUUGUGUUUCCAAAAGUUUUCUUUGUACAUACACUUGCUUGUAAAUUUAUCCGUUACGCAAGCUUCGUUACCAAAUGAAAUUUAUAAAGAC